AAUUUCAUCUCCCAGCCCAGCGCUUUACGACCGUAGAGAUUCGGCUCCAGGCACUCCCGCUCUCUUUUCUCGCUAGACUCGCCGAUUUGAUAUUGGUCCCCUGAUCCAAUCCGACAUCGCUGAGAAUUUCGACUGGACCUAUAGAAUAGAAUAUAGAUCAUCCAUGUCGGCUGGGAACUCCGGUGGAUCCAGCGUCGUCGUUCCUCGGAACUUCAGAUUGCUUGAAGAGCUUGAGCGAGGGGAGAAAGGUAUAGGUGAUGGGACUGUUAGCUAUGGCAUGGAAGAUGCAGAUGACAUUUACAUGCGGUCCUGGACGGGGACUAUAAUUGGCCCUCACAAUUCUGUUCACGAAGGGAGGAUUUAUCAACUUAAGCUGUUUUGUGACAAAGACUAUCCUGACAAGCCACCAUCUGUGCGCUUCCACUCCCGAAUAAACAUGACUUGUGUCAAUCAUGAUACAGGAGUGGUAGAGUCAAAGAAGUUUAGCAUGUUGUCAAACUGGCAGCGUGAGUACACGAUGGAGCACAUACUGACACAACUGAAGAAGGAAAUGGCUGCCCCGCAGAACAGGAAACUUGUUCAGCCUCCUGAAGGUACCUUCUUCUGAGUCUAUGUAUCAUGAUGAUCACUGCAAUUCACCAAGUUUAAAAUCAGCAAACAUUGAACCGGUUAAAUUGCACGAGUAACAAUUUAGAUACUAUAUUUUGGUUUAUUUGAAUCAGUGGCAUCUCUUAGUGUGAAAGCAGCGAGCUAAGUCUAUUUUGUAUUGUCUUGGAGUGCUUAGUUGUCACUUAUGGAUUAAUUGGACGCUUAAAGGUUCUUCAUCAUUAGAGAAAUGAAUUUAAAUGUCUUUCUGUGUUGUAUUUUUUGCUGAAUACGAAGUAAAUUCUUCCUGGGGACUGGACAGAAUUUUUCUGGAAGGGAGGAAACGGUUUGCCUAUGGGAUCCCAACUGAACAUUUCUAUAAGAAAUGCUAUCUAAACAUUCUCAUGUGUUUACACAUUUGCAUUAUAUUAGUUCCUCUUAUAUGGGACAUGGAAUGUGACCAAAUGUGUUAUUUUUUUAAGUGUGUUAAGCAUUACUCUUUUUUUAUA